AUGGUGAUCAGGUUACUUUCACACGUUGUGUUGGCAUUGCUCUUCACGUCUUUAUGUUUGGUUCACGCAGGCAACGCUCCUGCCCCUUCACCCAAGUCAACACCAUCGUCUGCUCCGGCCAAAUCACCUUCUUUUGCCACUCCGCCGGUGCAUUCUCUGGCGCCUCAUCAAGCAUCUCCUGCAAAGGCUCCAACUUUAUCACCGCCUUCACAAUCUCCAGUGGUUUCUCCAUCUGGGUCUUCCGGUUCUCCGUCGCCGGUGGAGGCUCCGGUCACUCAGCCACCGUCUUCAGUAUCUCAGGCUCCUAGCCCAGCCAAGAACGUCUCUUCACCACCGGCUCCAUCUCCGGUGGCAGAGGCACCAACGCCGGAGUCUUCUGCUGGAAUUCCUUCAAGUUCUGCCACACCAGCAGGUUCACCCAUUACAUUGCCAUCCAACGGUGCCUCUCCGGAAACUGCUCCGGCGAGUUCUGCUCCAGAAAAUUCACAUGGUUCAGUUGGUGAUAUAUCAGGUGCAAGUUCAACUGCAGCUUCAAUGUUUCUAGGUGGUAUGGCAUUUUGGAUGACUUUGACUGUCAUCUAA